UCGGGAAAUCGGAAAUCAGGAAUUGCGCCUGCGCGUAGCGGCGCCUUUACCCUUCACCUACUCCCAGCAGGAUUGUAGGACACGUGCUUCCGAGUAAAAUGGAUGGUCAAGCGGGGGAGAAGACUGAGCCUAAUCUCGUGUCGCACGAGCAGAUUAAAAAGGCUACAGAAGCUUUGUUGAGUUAUACAAAGAAGAAACAAAAUGAUAAUACAUUACUUUUGAAUGAGAACGAGAAUGUGUUUUUAAUGGUGACAUUAUGGAAAAUUCCCCCAAAGGGAAAAGAAAUCAAAAUCCCUUUGCCACACGGUAUCAGGUCUGAUUCAAAAGACAUAUGCUUAUUUACCAAGGAUGAAUCCAAUUUAACUUCAGAACAGACAGAACAUUUCUAUAAGCAGCUUUUGAAAAAGAAGGGAAUUACAAGCAUUACUGAGGUCAUCCCUUAUAAAAGAUUAAAACAAGAAUAUAAACCUUAUGAAGCCAAGCGGCGCCUUUUGAAUAGUUUUGACCUUUUUCUUGCUGAUCAAAGAAUUAGACGACUUUUGCCCUCACACAUAGGAAAGCAUUUCUAUCGAAGAAAGAGAGUACCUCUAGCAGUAGACCUCACGACCCAAAAUUUGUUGGAACACAUCAAUAAGAUUGUCCAGGGAACUACAUUGACUGUCACUAAUCAUGGUUGUUGCAAUACAACACGUGUGGGUCACACUGGAAUGCCUGUAGAUCAUCUAGUAGAAAAUACUGUUGCUGCUAUAAAAGUGCUUUCAGAAAAACUGCCAAUGAAGUGGGAGAGUGUAAAAAUUCUACACCUGAAAACAGAAAAAUCUCUUUCCCUUCCAAUCUUUUCUUCAUUUGUCUCCCAUUUGGGGACUCAUAAGAAAACUAAGAAGCAAAAUCAAGGCAAAAAAGUGACCUCGAAGCCUGAUCAAAAUGCAGUGAGGCCUGAUGGUGAGGGAAAUUUGGAAGGUCAUGGGCUUGAGGCCACAAAGGAUGGCAAAACAGAACCUGACUCUGAGGAUGAGAUUCCACAGCUAGUUCCAAUUCAAGCAACAUCUCCUCAAAAGUGUCCAGAGAAAAUAGCCCUAAUUAAGGAGUCUACAGGAGAGAACCUCAGCCCUGAAACACCACAAGCUAAAACUCGUGGUAAAAAGAGAAAAGCCUCCAUGGCUCUGGAGACUUCAAAACAGAUUAAGAAAGGUUCCACACAAUUGAAGAAGACUCCAACCACUGGCAAAGUAAGAAGCCAAGGACCCAUCCCUAAGAAAACACAGAAAGAAAAUAAUUCUUCCCUAGAGGUCAAAGCUCUGGAGAAGACUCCCAAGAAACCACAACCCAAGUCAUUUACUCACAAUAAAGUAGGGAAAAUUAUGAAAUCAGCUCCCAAAGCUCCCCAAACUCCAAGACAAAAGCAGAAAAAAACAAAAGUCACCCCCAAGUCCACCUAGGUAUCUUUUUUUUUUAAAUUUUCUUUCUUUUAUUCCAUUAACAAAUCUAUACAUAAGUUUUCCCAAGUUACAUGAUUGUUGUCUCCCUCCCCUGUCCUCCCCUCACCCAUAGUUGACAAGCAGUUCCACUAGGUUUUACAUGUAUUUUCACUCAAAACAACCUAGAUAUCUUUUGAAUGGCAUUUAGAAUGAAGUCUAUUUUUACUUGCUUUUCUAUUUACUUCACACAAUGAAAAAAAUAAGUGUUUUCAGGGUCAAAUCUGAUGCUUCAGUUCCCUUAUUCUGUAGUAGCAUUUGUUCCUGAGCCAGUCUUCCUCCUGUUUUUAAAGUAGUUCUGCUUUAUUAAUGUUGCUGUCUAUGUUAACUUAAGCCUCAUGGCUUGAACUGUUUUCUUGUCAGAUUUAAUGCAUUUAUUUUCUUUACUAAUACCUUAAAAUAGGUCAAGUUAUUUGUGAAGCAAACAGUGAAUUGAUACAGGGUUAAUGAAGGCAAAAAAUGACCUUUCCUUUUUUUUUUUAAACCCUUACCUUCCGUCUUGGUGUCAAUACUGUGUAUUGGCUCCAAGGCAGAAGAGUGGUAAGGGCUAGGCAAUGGGGGUCACGUGACUUGCCCAGGGUCACACAGCUGGGACAUGUCUGAGGCCACAUUUGAACCUAGGACCUCCCGUCUCUAGGCCUGGUUCUCAAUCCACUGAGCUACCCAGCUGCCCCCGACCUUUCCUUUUUUAAGAUUUUUCUUCUUCUGUCCCUUAAUCCUUCCUUACAGUCAAACAGGUUUUUAGCCCAUAAGUUGGGUGGUUAAGCUGUUGGAAGAUUCAGAAUAGACUAUAUCUAGUGGCCAAAAAUCCUUCUAAUUUUAAAAUAUAGUAAAAAAUUUGCAUCCUCAGUUUUCUCUAUUGUUUUUUAAACCCUUACUUUAUAUUUAGUAGGGCUAUGCAAUUGAGAUUAAGUGACUUGCCCAGGGCCACACAGCUGGGAAAUGCCUAUGGUCAUAUUUGAACCCAGAAUUUGUCUUCAGGCCUGGUGCUCUAUCCACUCAGUCAUUUAAUUACUCCCUACCUUCCUUGUUGUUUGAAACCAAAAUCGGGAAACAAUAUUUAUGUGCAUUCAUUUCAUUCCUCUACCUUUUAUUUUAGUUUGCCAAUCCCAGGAACAAAUAGGUCAUUAAAGAAUCUCUACGCAAGAAUAAUCUCUCAACUAGGCAUAGUUUAAAGUAUAGGCAACAAAAUAAAUGUUCAAAAUAAUGAAAAAGCCAUUAAAAGGUUAGAUAGUCGCUGUCAUCUCUUUGAGGUGCCAUAAGACUUGUGGGUACAGCAAUAUACUUCUAGAAAAUGCAAUGUAUUUUAUAGUUUGCUUUUUUUUUUUUGCAUUUCAAAUGGCAAACCAUAAUUCAUUUUAAUUAAAUAUAAACAAGGAAAAAGGCACAAUGAUUUGUAUUAUUCAAGUAUUUUGCAUAGAUGCACAAAUAUCCUCAAUUGUAAACAAUUAAUAAGUGAAUCAAGGAGACAAGGAUCUAAAUCGUGUAAAAUCUCCCAAAUCAAAAGAAAACUUCACAUAUACCCUAUAGCCUCGACACAUACCAAUAAGCUAAUGCACUCCACACACACCGUCAACUUCUCCAUCUCUAUUUCCUUAUAGUUUGCUUUUUUAAAUUAACUUUCCUACUGAUAAAUAAACAUGUUUGAAAAAGUG